AUAUUUCGGGGGGGUGGUGUAUUGCCGGUAUAAAUAGCAGCUGAAAGCCCUCGCUUCUCUAAUUCCGUUCCUAUCUUGUCUGUCCUUGCUAUUUCCCGAGUCUUGGGAUUUCCAUUCCAGCGGCAGUUUUUGACCUCUCCUAUUCCUGGAGCUCUAAGUCAAGAUUUCACGGACCGACGAUGCCGCUGAACGUCAUUAUCAUCGGUGGUGGUAUCACGGGAUUGGGGUUAGCCCUCUCCCUCAUGCGCCUCAAUCAAACCGACCCCACCUUCACCAUCACCGUCACGAUCUACGAGCUCCGCUCCGACCCUACCCUCACCCCCUCUAUAUCCACCCUCGGCGGUGCCAUUCACCUAAUGCCCAAUGCCCUACGCCUCUUAGAGUAUCUCGGCAUCCUCGACACGGUGGUCAAUGAAGCAUGCGAUGUCCCCCGGCUGGAGAUCUUCUCCCACCGCACCGGGGCGAAACUCGGGGAAAUGGACUUCGAUAAGCCGGAGAAGUUUAAAUAUCGAGCGCUGCGCGUGAUGCGGUCCACGUUGGUGGACGUGAUGCGGAAGAAGUUUUUGGAGGAGGGGGGACGCGUGCGGUGGGGGAUGGAGCUCGAGUCGAUCGAGCAGCCGGGCGAGGAGGGUUCGUCGAUCAGGGCAGUCUUCUCCGGUGGCGAGGAGGUGUUCGGCGAUCUGGUCGUCGGGUGCGACGGGAUUCAUUCGGCGGUGCGGAUGAAAUUCGUGGACCCGGAUCGGAAACCCGUAUACUCCGGGAUCGCCACCGCCUACGGGUUCUCCGACGCGUCGUGUCUCAAGAGUGAAAUCCCGUUCGAAUCUACAGGCAUGUUCCAAGGUCGACGAGGGUCGCUGCUCACCUCUUAUUGCACGAGAGACAGGGGCAGGAUGUACGCGGCUGCGGUCAUGGAGACCGAUGAUGUGGUGAGCAAAGAAGGGUGGAAGCUCGCGUCGGAAGAUCAGGAAGCAGUGCGGAAUAGGGUGCAGUCGCUGUUUCGAGAUGGUUCCGUCCCAUGCAUUGGCGAGGUGAUAGAGCAGGUUGAAUCCUUCUUUUUGUAUCCCGUGUAUAAGUUGCCGGCUGGUGGGAAGUGGGUGUCGGGAAGGAUCCUAUUGAUGGGAGAUGCAGCACAUGCAAUGCCUCCAAUGGGAGAAAGUGUCGGUCUCUGCCUCGAGGAUGCGGUUCUCUUCUCGAGGAUUUUACGACAUCAUGGACCAAAGAACCUCGAGCAUGUCUUUGACGUCUUCGAAAAGCUCCGGCGACCAAGGAUCGAUGCUGCGUUCAAGGAAGCGGACAUGCGGUGGGAGACGAACAAAGACCUAGGCUGGUUCUUCACCGUGAUUCGGGAUUGGUUCACGGCCGGGUUUAUGUGGUGGAUGAGUUCGUCGAUGGAGGGAAAGUUCGCUUAUGAUGUUUUAGAGGUGGACUUGAAGGUCUAGUUCUAGAGGGACUCUUAAUUCUAUCUUUUCUUCACUCAAAUUUGUCUCAAUGAAGACAAUGCAUUACUUUU